UAAUUUGUGAUUUUGUGGUCCGAGUCAGUCUGAGGUUUGCCACAGGUUAGCACGCUUUAGAGUUCACAUCGAGAAUCAUUAAAACGCGUAAUGGAGUUUCGGAUAUCGUCGUUCGUCAUCAAAAGCAAUUGAGAGAAUAAUUGUAACCUCUUAUCAAUGAAUAUGCUGCACAACGCGUUCGUCUUAUCAUAAUUGAUGUACAAUUUUUGUCGGACCGACUGCAACAAGACAAAAGCUCAACCAAACUAGUGAAUUUGUUGUACUGAAGUGUGUUUACUGCGUGUUAAAAAGACAUUGAACAAAGUCGUCCGGGCAAUGGAGCUGCAAAAUCAAAUUUAUUUGAUUUUUUCCAUUUUUGGCGGUGUAUGCACUCUUCUACUGGUGUUCAUUGUGGUACUGGCAAUAUAUGUAGUCAAUCUGAAGAAAGUUGUGACUAUCGUCAAGGAGCCUGAAAGAAAAUAUGAAAACUACGGAUUCGAACACGAUGUACCGGUCCACAAUAUCACAGAUGACCUGCGGUCAAUAAAAUCACAGAAUAACCGACGUCCACCUCAAAAAAGCAAUUUGUCGAAACCGCGGAAUGACGACGUUCACACUAAUACUCGGCGCACUGAAAAACGAUCGGCCGGAGGAAUAAGUCGUAAUGACCGAAAGCAUCAGUAUUCAGAGAGUGGAGACACAUCUGGAAGAGAUUUCGACAGUGCUUUCGAUAACGAAAUAAACAAUAUGUUUGAUAUCGAUGACGACGAAGACGACCAAGAUAGUGUCGUAAGCGACAGAAAUUCGCGAUAUAAUCACCAACGUCGCCAAAAGAAUACAGCACCUCCUCAACCACCAUCGGCCGGCGGAAUGGUCCCCAACCAAGGAAACCGAAACCGUAAUUUCAGUCACAGAGACAACCCGCAGCAACAGAUGGGUCGACCAGUGCGAGGAAACGGAUAUCCGGGAUCUGGAUACAAUUCAGGUAAUCCGCACGAAGGCAAAACAUACUUCAAUGAACGGGGUAUGUAUUAAACAAAAAAAAGUGAGUUACGAAUGUAUAAGAAGAGUAUUAGUUUCAGUUAAUACACACGAUAACAGUUUAACGAUAGUUUAUUUUAAAAAUACUUCA